GAUUCACUGCGCGUCGCGGACCUAACUCUGUUUGUUUUGAACGUGCCUGUCAGUUAUUUUCGGGUAUUUUUAAAUAUAUGCGCCUUCAUUAGCUUUACGAGUAUCAUUUUCUCGUAGUGCCACAAACUGACAAAAUGGGUUGUUCUACCACCGUCGUGAAAUACCUGGUGUUUUUCUUUAAUUUGAUUUUUGCGAUUGCCGGUGCAGCAGUACUGGGAGUGGGGGUGCUGCUGAAGCUGAAAAACAAUGACAUUCAGAACUUCAUUCCUGAGAAGUACCAUCUGGGGCUGCCACCAGUCUUACUGAUAAUUAUAGGUUCGAUUAUUUUCGUUACGGCCUUCUUCGGAUGUUGUGGGGCGAUAAAAGAGAACACCUGUAUGCUGACAACGUUUGCUAUUAUCCUGUUGACGCUACUGAUCAUCCAAGUAGCUGUGGGAGCAUACGCGUUCUUACAAGUUGGAGAUGCGCAAGAUUUGAGAUCAUCGGUGAGGCAAGUUGUGGAAAAGGAAUUUCUUCAAUACAACACAUCCAAGACCAGCCAACAAGAAUUUGAUUUCCUUCAGGAAUUCCUUCAAUGUUGUGGUGUUGAAGACUCCUCUGAUUGGAAAUGGCAAGAUGGGAAAGUGCCAAACUCCUGCUGCAGUUCUAAGACGGACUGUACGACUAUCUCGCAUGAUGUUUAUAGAAGAGGAUGCGCAGAGAGUGCCUAUAAGUGGUUCAAAAACGGUUUGGACUUGCUUGGAAUCCUAGCAAUAGCUGUUGCAUCCAUCGAGAUCAUCGGUGCCAUAUUUGCCCUGUGCCUUUCGAGUUCAAUAAAGAACCAGAUACGAAGAGAAGCAUACGCAUGAGUGGUGUAAUCGUGAAAACAGGAGAUACGGUGUUGCUAGCUUAACCAAUGUCAAUGUUUCAUCGCAUCAAGUUUUACUAUAUCUAGGUUACGUCGAAUAUUAUAAGUGUAUUGGUUAUUAUUACAUUACCGAUACUGAUAAACAAUAUUUGCAUAAAUUUUUGUCGUUGUUGAUGUCGAAAUUUGUCGGAGAUUCAUAACAGUAUUUUAAUUAUUAGGUAUACUACUGUAUGUGCAGAACUAAAUGUUUAAUGAGAUUAUUUUAACCAAAGGCUUGUAAAUGCUCUUUUUUCUCAAAGCAGCAAUGUAGUAGGUCCAAAUUUAUUAGUGAUUUGGUUCAAGGUUCAUUAUGUUUUAUUUAGAAUAAAAUUUUGAAUGAACUAGGGGACAAAAUAUUGAUCUGAUGAGAAGUGGUGCAGAAAUGUUUUUAAAGAAUAUUUAAAAUAUAUGAGUCGUUUCAAUAAAUACACAGUUGAUUUUAAAAUAUAUUUUUUAUAGAUAUUUACAUCUUCUGGCCCUAAGAAUGCUUUAUUUUGGAAAAUAUACUCGGUAGAAGAACCUGAAAAAUUAAAAGACACUGUAGCCACCAUAAAUUACUUACUUUAUGUCGAUAUGAUUUUAUGCAGUUCAAGCCAGUUCAAUGGCAUUAAGAUCUGGUAGUAACACUGUCGAAAGCAUUGAUCUCUGUCAUCAGUGACAAACUUCAUGUUUAUAAAUUUUCUCGUAGUCUAAAUGAGGAUAUUUUAUCUCUGCCUGUAUAUAUUUCCAUACACCCAUGCAGCUAAUUUUUCACAACGUAAUUACGUAAAAUUAAAUUUAUUUGAGUAACCAUGACGUUGAAGGGGUGUGCCACAGAAUAUUCUAAUAUACUCGUUAAAGUUAAAAAUAUACACGGUUUAUUUUUUCACGUAUGACUGUUAUACUAAAAUGUAUGUGAUAAUUAUAUAUUUUUGAAUCUGUGUACUGUACUCGUAGUAUUAUUAUUGGGAACAACCCAGUGCAAUAUAAUAUACAAAGUUAGUAGUACAAAGGAGAUUUUACAGCACUAAUAUAUUCUUAAAUGUUAUUGUAUGCAGGUUAGUUAUAUUGUACUUGAUCCACUGUUUUUUUUAAUUAAUAAUUAUAAUAAAUAUA